AUGGGGUGUUUUAUGGUGUUGAAGAGUAAGAAGAAGAAAUCUGAGCAGUCCAUGCAUGUUAGACGCGACAAAACUCAGCAACAUUCACCUAUUAUGUUGCCUGAACCUCAAACCAGUACACGUUCUUUGCAAUCUGCACCCCCAAGUUUUAGAACUAGGGUCGAACCUGCUCCGUCAAAAAAUGGGGUAAGCAGUAGUAGGAUACGAGCAUUAUCUGCCCCAUCAAGUCUUCGUGCUGCAGAACAAGAUGCAUUCUUGUCCACUGAAUGUGAGGAACAGGAAGAGCCUGAAACUCGUGUUGGCUCAACGAAGGAAUAUCGUUCAUCAAGCCCUCAACCGCUUCCUCUUCCAUCACCAGGGAAUACUGCUACUCUGAAGACGAACACUAGUGGCCCUCUUAACGCGUCUGGACCACUUCCUCUGCCUCCUAUGUUUCCUGCUACAUUGCCUACUAGAGGAGUCCUUAAUUUUUCGUAUGAAGAAAUUGCAUCUGCUUGCCACAACUUCUCUCCCGAGUGUUGUGUAUCUGAAGGGCUCUCUUCAGUGAUCUACCGAGCUUCAUUUGGGGAUGAUGUUUCUGGUACAAACAAGCUUGAAGCCACUGUAACCCGCCUUCGCCCCUCCACUCAGGGUUUGAAGGAAUUUGUGAACGAGGUGAAUACUCUAGCAUCCUUGCAACAUCCCUUCCUCUGUAAACUGAUAGGUUUUCAUGCACGUGAGGGAUCAGACCGCAGAAUGUUGGUGUAUGAGAGGCUAUAUCAUGGAAGCUUAGACAGGCUUUUAUAUGGAAGAUCAAAUGGGCCACCUAUUGACUGGAAUAGCAGAAUGAAAGUUGCUUUAUGUGCUGCCCAAGGUCUUACAUUCCUGCAUGAAGAAGGACCUUUCCAAGCAAUGUUCCAUGAAUUUUCAACUGCCAAUAUGCAGAUCGACAAGGAUUUUAGUGCCAAGCUUUCUGGAUAUGGUUGCAUUAGCCACAUACCAGAGACUGAUAUAUCCAACACUUCAGUUGCUCUAGGAAAUCUUUCAGUGGAGACCCUGGAGAGAGGGUUGCUAACACCUAAAAGCAAUGCAAUAGCCGAGCCAGGCCAAAAACUCCCACCUUGGGAUUUCCAGGAUUGUCUAUCAAAACAUAGACGAAUAGCAGACCAUCAUCGAAUCCAUAAAUCUGCAUUCACCACAAAAUGGAAAGUUUCAAGUGAUGGAGAACUUACAAAGAGGUUAGAGAUGAGCAGUUCCUUAUAUCUGUUGGAGUUGCACCAGUCAGGAAAUAGGUCUCAGUCUUAA